UCCGCUCUGCGGCCGCGCAGGUCGUCUCGUGGGCGUGGCUACGUGAGCCAAGGCGGGACCAAGGAGAACAGUUACGCCACUCACGCUAAGGGAAACGCUAACGGGACAGCCGUGCAGGCCAAUCGGAGCCGGAGCUGCGGAGGCCGCGGGACUGGGUGGAGACUUCGAAGACUGCGGUGGCAGUGAUAAGAACAGAUGGAAUUCAGUAUGGAUAAUUCAUAUGAUUUCAAUGACCGAAGCUCAUGUAAUGGAAUUUCAUCUGAGAAGAAAAACAACUUCCUUGUAUCAGAAGAUCAUGGACAGAAAAUUUUAAGUGUACUGCAGAAUUUUAGAGAACAAAAUGUCUUCUAUGAUUUCAAAAUAAUCAUGAAAGAUGAAAUAGUCCCAUGCCACCGUUGUGUUUUAGCAGCAUGCAGUGACUUUUUCAGGGCUAUGUUUGAAGUAAACAUGAAAGAAAGAGAUGAUGGAAGCGUUACCAUUACUAAUUUAUCCUCCCAAGCAGUAAAAGCAUUUCUUGAUUAUGCUUAUACUGGAAAAACAAAAAUAACAGAUGAUAAUGUGGAAAUGUUCUUCCAGUUAUCAUCAUUUCUUCAAGUUUCUUUCCUAUCCAAAGCAUGCAGUGACUUUUUAAUAAAAAACAUUAAUCUUGUCAAUUGUUUACAUUUGUUAUCUAUAUCGGACAGCUAUGGCUCUACCCGUCUAUUUAAUCAUGCUUUAUACUUUGUACAGCAUCACUUUUAUUUAUUAUUUAAGUCUAGUGAUUUCUUAGAGAUUAAUUUUGGAGUACUGCAAAAAUGUCUGGAAUCAGAUGAGUUAAAUGUACCUGAAGAAGAAGUUGUCCUGAAGGUUGUCCUUAAAUGGAUUAAACAUAACUUAGAAUCAAGGCAAAAGCAUCUGCCUCAUUUGAUUAAAAAAGUGAGAUUGCAUCAGUUAUCUGAGGAAACACUUCAAGACUUUCUGCUCAAUGAAGAGUAUUUACUCAGAAGCACUAACUGCAUUGACACAAUCGUGGAUGCCAUUAAGUGUGUGCAAGGUUCUAGUGGCCUCUUCCCAGAUGCUAGACCAUCCACAACUGAAAAAUACAUAUUCAUACAUAAAACUGAAGAAAAUGGAGAAAAUCAAUAUACAUUUUGCUAUAAUAUUAAAACCGAUUCAUGGAAAAUCCUGCCACAAUCACAUCUGAUUGAUUUGCCAGGAUCUAGUCUGUCUAGCUAUGGUGAGAAAAUAUUUUUGACAGGUGGCUGCAAAGGGAAGUGCUGUAGGAAAGUUCGGCUUCAUAUCGCUGAGUCUUACCAUGAUGCCACUGACCAAACCUGGUGCUACUGUCCAGUCAAAAAUGAUUUCUUCUUGGUGUCAACUAUGAAAACACCAAGAACUAUGCACACCUCAGUUAUGGCUCUGAACCGAUUAUUUGUCAUAGGUGGAAAGACUAGAGGAUCUCAGGACAUUAAAAGUCUCUUAGAUGUUGAAUCUUACAAUCCAUUGUCUAAAGAGUGGAUAUCAGUUAGCCCUUUGCCCAGAGGCAUAUACUAUCCAGAGGCAAGCGCAUGCCAAAAUGUCAUUUAUGUUCUUGGAUCAGAGGUCGAGAUAGCUGAUGCAUUUAACCCAUCACUCGAUUGCUUUUUUAAGUAUGAUGCUAUGACUGAUCAGUGGUCUGAACUAGUAGCAGAGUUUGGCCAGUUUUUUCAUGCUACUCUAAUCAAAGCUGUCCCAGUCAACUGCACAUUAUAUAUAUGUGAUCUUUCCACCUAUAAAGUUUACAGUUUUUGCCCAGAUACUUGUGUUUGGAAGGGCGAAGGGUCUUUUGAAUGUGCUGGCUUUAAUGCAGGUGCAAUUGGGAUUGAGGAUAAGAUCUAUAUAUUAGGUGGCGAUUAUGCCCCAGAUGAAAUCACGGAUGAAGUGCAGGUCUACCACAGCAGCAGGUCAGAGUGGGAAGAGGUCUCUCCGAUGCCAAGAGCCUUAACUGAAUUUUACUGCCAGGUGAUUCAGUUCAAUAAGUACAGGGACCCAUGGUUUUCUAAUAAUUUCUGAAAGCAUUCAUGUGGAUAUCCUAAAACUAUUUCAGAUCUAGUAAAUGGCAGCCAAUCUGUUUACCAUAAGGAUGGGUGAGAAGAGCUUCACAUAUUAAUCAAGUAAAAAUAUUCCUGCUGUUAGACAGUAAUUAUGUAUGUAUGCUAUCUAUGAAUAAAGUUCCCAGAAAUUAACAAAUACAAAAUAUAUUGUUCCAAGAAUUAUGCUCAAUAUAAUUUAAUCUUGGAUAUUCCAGAAUAUAUGUUAUUUUUAUAUGUAAAUAAAAGUUAUAGGCUUUAGCACUUUGAGUUUUAAAAUGCUUUCUCCCUAAAACGUACUUGAAAUCAGUGUUCACAGAUUUAUAUUAUGUUUAUGGAAGAAAUCUUUUGAGGUAGUAAAAAUAAAUUGUAUACUGUAUGUUAAUUGGCAUGAGAGGUAAAUUAGAAGUAAGUGUAGAUCUGACCUUGAGUACUGCAGGUUUAAGAGUUGUUGAACUACCGUUUCUGAUUGUUGAUUAGCUUCUUUUAAACAUGUCUUUCAUUUUACCAUUAUUUAUUAUUUUGAUCAUAAUUUUUCUGCAUGAUUUAUGGCCCCCAUCUUUCUGAUCAGUACACCAAACAUACAUUAACUUUCACUCAACCUUUCAUUAAGAGCAUAUUGGACCAUGUUAUAAUGCUAUGACAUUAGCAGUUAAGUAAAUCUUUUAAAAUUACAGACUCUUAUUUGUGUCAGUUGGUUUUACUUUUUAGCUCUCUUCUUAGCUGGUUCAAACUUAGUAAAUUAAUUUUCAUUUGAGUAGUAUUCUAUGUAUACAGGACCUGAGUUAGUCUUAACAAUAACUCAUUGAGUAAUAUUCUUGAAUUCAAAAUGGGAGUUUUAAAAUACUUUGUCUAGAGCCAGGUGUGGUGGCACACACCUUUAAUCUCAGCACUCAGGAGGCAGAGGUAGGAAGAUCACCGUGAGUUUGAGACUGUCCUGAGACUACAUAGUGAAUUCCAGGUCAGCCUGAGAUAGAGGGAGACCCUACCUCAAAAACCAAAAUAAAUAAAUAAAUAAUAAUAAAACAAAAAUAAAAUAAAGUAACUUUGUUUAUACAAAUGUCAGGUCCUAAUACAGAGAAUAUGGAAAUUUUAACCUAUAAUAAAUGGAUCAUUCUUGCAUUUUUAAGUUAAAAUUUAAAUUAUUUUAAGUUGAAAUUUAAAUUAUGGGUUUCAUUAUGGAAUUUUCAUCUAUAUGUCAUUAUAUUUUGAUUUUAUUUAUUCCCCUACCACUGGCCUUCUUUGUCCUCUCAGCCUCCCUCUUGUUCUUUCCUCCCUAGAAACUCCUUUUACUUUCACAUCACAUGUGCUUAUCCUAUUCUAUCCUGCUUCCUUCCCCUUAAGAUACUUUCUUCCCUGUUAUAGCCCCUUAUGUUAUAUACACACACACACACACACACACACACACACACACACACACUUAAAUCUAGAUUCCAUAUGUGAGAAAACAACACAGGCACUAAUUAUUUCCCUGAGUUUAACAUAAUCAUCUUCAAUUUCACUCAUUUUCCUGCAAAUGCUAUGACUUCUUUAUAAUUAAAUAAAAUUCCAUUUUAUGUCUAAAUCAUAUUUUAUUCAUUCAUCAGUCUGUUGAUGGAAAUUUAUGCUGCUUCCAUAUCUCAGCUAUCAUGAAUAAUACAGCAAUCAGUAUGUAAGUACAAGUAUCUUUGGUACACUGACUUAGAGUCUUCCAGGUAUAUACCAAAAAUCUACAAUAAGAAAUUGCAGGAUUCAA